AAGGAAUUAUGAAUUUUAGUCUAUAGAUUUUGCAUGUCGUUUUCGAGAUUUUUGCUAGGAAAUUUCGCCUGAAUAAUUAUUAAUUUGCAGAUAGUUGGAUUGACAUUGUUUAAUUCAUUAGUCACUAUCAAAUCGUUUGUAACUAGAAGGAAAUUUCAAGACAUUUUCUUGCAUUCUGUGUUUCAAAUGCUCUUUGUUUUGCCCACACAAGAAACAUAUCUUCAGUUUUUCAAUUGACAUUUUCUUAUGAUUUUUGAUUGAUCAUUGAUACCUUGAAUUUCCUGUUCUACAGAGGUCAAUAGAAGCUUUUCACAUCACAUAUGGCUGAUGAAUAUGAGAAGAAUAUUUCGAGUUUGAACUUUCCGAGAGUCCUGUUAAGCAAUGAAGCAAGCAAGAAUAGAAUUCUGAUACAGAUUGGCAUGCAGGGUUCUCUUCGAAAUGGCUCUAUGGUGCCCGAAGAGCACCUGAGCAAAGAAGACGGAUUUACAACUUUGGCUGGUGAGUCUGAUUUAAAUUCUGGUGCAAUUCUUAUUCAGAUUGAUGGGCGGGCUAUUCCCCCAGGGGUCCUGAAAACACCUCCCCUCCAGCACGACACCCUUGGGAUACUGGCGGUUGCUCCUGGAGCAGCACCACCAGAACCUAUCGAUGACAAGGUCCAAACACAAAUCAAAAACGGAGCUCCAAAUGCUGAAUCUUUUAGACAUGAAUUUCCCUUGUAUGCCGGAGGACUUACUGGUAGUAAUGCGAUUGAAGAGAUCAAUGCAAUUUCCACCGAGACACUUAAUCGCCAAAAGAUGACCGAGUCAUCCCUUCUCAUAGCUGGCCAAGUAUUUGUUACUUUGUUAACGGCUUGGCUAGGCAAUGCCAACAAUCCUCCAUCACGAAACGCGAAAAUCUUAAGGGAUUUCGCAGUGGGUAGUACUAUUGUCGGAUACAUAUCUUCAUUUAGCAGUAUCCUGAUGUGCAAACUUAAAACGGGUCUCGUAGCACGAAUCUUGUACACAGUUGCUUGUGCUGGAGCUGCAUUUGGUUUUUUAGCAACUAUAGGGAUGCUUUUACCUGAUGAACUUAAGCUAUGGAUUACCUUCAUCUCAUGUGCGGUUUGCUUCCCCGCAUUAGCAUCAGUGUUCCGCGAGUAGAGCAAUUGCCUAAUUGCUCUUCCUCUGUAAAUAAGAUUUUUUUUUUCUUCUGCAUUUGUAGUUUCUUUGUGUGGAUUGAAAUCAGAUAGAAAGUAAAGGCAUGUCAUUCGUGCAACUCUCUACGACUCGAAGUGUGAGCUCCCCCGGCUGCUUACUGCCAAGUGCCAAACAGAAAUCUUUGGUUUGAUCAUAUAUAUUGAGCUAUCAUUAGCUGUGUGCACUUCCUCCAACUGAUUCCAGAUUGCCCGUCACUUCUGUGCACCGGCGGAUCCAUAAAUAUUUUAUAAGGUGCAUUCAUGAGCGUCUGGAGUGCGGAGACAGAGGUCCCCUGAUAAGUGCUCUAUGGUUAAAUUAGAUUCUGAGUGUGCUCCUGCAACAUAAUUGAACUGAGUGUGUUUGGUCUGUUGCAACGGUCAGCUUCCGGCUGUGUGCUCCUUCUGAUUAGAAGUUGUAGUGAGCUGACUAUCACUGCAAUUUUCUAGGAGACUGCAUGAUAGUGAAUAAACAAUGCCUAAAGAUCAGUUCAGUUUUCUUUUUAACUGUUCCAGUACCACUGCUGUUGGUUAAGUGCCAGCAUUUUUACUCUUACUGAAUAACACCAUUAAA